UGUGUGGUGCCCAGAUAGGGGAGCGGAGGUAGUGGCGGCGGUAGCGGCGGCGGUAGCGGCGGUCUCGGUUGUCUUCUAGUCUCCUCCGCUCGCCCUCUAACCGGCACCUUUCCCCUUCCCUCCCCCUUCCUCUCUUCCUCUUUCCCUUCCCUCCCCUUCUUCCCUUCCCCGUCGGUGGCCGGCGGGGGCGGCUCCAGCGACGGCUGGGCCCAAGCUGUGAAGAGGCCUUAGCCAACGAUAACGGCGACGGCGAAACCUCGGAGCUCGCAGGGCGGGGGGAAGGCCCGGGCCGUGGAGAUGGAGAAUUCCCAGUUGUGUAAGCUGUUCAUAGGCGGCCUCAACGUGCAGACGAGUGAGUCGGGCCUGCGCGGCCACUUUGAGGCCUUUGGGACCCUGACAGACUGCGUGGUGGUGGUGAACCCCCAGACCAAGCGCUCCCGUUGCUUCGGCUUCGUGACCUACUCCAAUGUGGAGGAGGCCGAUGCCGCCAUGGCUGCCUCGCCCCAUGCCGUGGACGGCAACACGGUGGAGCUGAAGCGGGCGGUGUCCCGGGAGGAUUCGGCGCGGCCCGGUGCUCACGCCAAGGUGAAGAAGCUCUUUGUCGGGGGCCUUAAGGGAGACGUGGCCGAGGGCGACCUGAUCGAGCACUUCUCGCAGUUUGGCACCGUGGAAAAGGCCGAGAUUAUUGCCGACAAGCAGUCGGGCAAGAAGCGGGGCUUCGGCUUCGUGUAUUUUCAGAAUCACGACGCGGCAGAUAAGGCCGCGGUGGUGAAGUUCCAUCCGAUCCAGGGCCAUCGCGUGGAGGUGAAAAAGGCUGUCCCCAAGGAGGAUAUCCACUCCGGUGGGGGCGGAGGCGGCUCGCGGUCUUCGCGGGGCGGCCGUGGCGGCCGGGGUCGCGGCGGCGGUCGUGACCAGAACGGCCUGUCUAAGGGCGGCGGCGGCGGUUACAACAGCUACGGUGGUUACGGCGGCGGCGGCGGCUACAACGCCUACGGAGGCGGCGGAGGCGGUUCGUCCUACGGUGGAAGCGACUACGGUAACGGCUUCGGCGGCUUCGGCAGCUACAGCCAGCACCAGUCCUCCUAUGGGCCCAUGAAGAGCGGCGGCGGCGGCGGCGGAGGCAGCAGCUGGGGCGGUCGCAGUAACAGUGGACCUUACAGAGGCGGCUAUGGCGGUGGGGGUGGCUAUGGAGGCAGCUCCUUCUAAAAAAUCUUAAACGUGUGGGAGUGGAUAUGGGGGUAGCUCUUUCAACCACCCAAGUAGGGUCAACUCCUAAGUUCCUUCCCCUCCCAGCACCUUCCUUAUUUUGCCCUUGGUGGGGAGCCACUCGUAUGGCUGCUUACCCGUGGGGGUGUUGCCCUAUUUGCCUGCCACCUCUCGUCUCUCCCUUUGAAGAUGGACUUGGCCCCACAUACACAUUUUUGUGUUACAGUCAUUGAUGGACUCUAUUUUUUUAUUAUUACUUGGACCUUGGUCGUUUUUAUACUAGCAAAAUGUCUUGUUUUAAUUUGUGUUUUUUUGGGGGGGAGGGAGUGAACUUGCUGAUUCUGUAGCAAAACCUGGGCGGGGGUUGGGGGGGUAGUUUACUUUGUUGUAAGGACUUGAUACCUGGCUACAGCGUUUUCUAUGAAAUCUACUUGGAUCCCAUGCCCGAAAUUUGGAAGCAUAUGUACAAAAUCAUUUUUACGUUUUAUUUUUAAUAAAUCAUUGUGUUUGACCGUA